GUUUACCUAUUGAAAUUUCUCAAUUAGCUGCUCGGAAAGCCAUUAGCCGACGUGUUGUUGCAUAAAAUAAGCAACAAAUCGACUGCCAAAGGUCGCCAGCGAUAAGGAUGCACAAAUCGUUACCCCCGCACGCACACCAAGCAAAGCCAGCUUGCAGCUAGCACUCGUACGCCCAAAUGACAUUGAUAACGCCGAAUGCUGAUAAGGGGGAGCACAAGUCGCGGAGAACAAGUUAAAUAAGCCACAAAACCGAAGAGCCAGACGCUCAGUGGCAAAGCGAGCGCGCAGCAAAACAGACGUACGAAAAUCGGCAAAACGAGGCAGGAAGCGAACCAGCGGAGAACACAACAAAUGAAUGAACCGAACGAGGCGGCGGGACGAGUGCAAGAAACGGGUUGAGAAGAAGCGUUAACACCACUCUCGGGCGGUCAGCGAUCUUUGGGCCAAAAGCAGAAGCAGUAGCUAGCCAGCAGCAAGUCAGCAUCUCAUCUCUGCAAGACGCGUCUUUUGUGUCGUUUUGUUUUGGGCAUCGGAAUCCGAGUUUCAAGGGCGGCAGCAGACUGCGUGUGUUAUUCCAUUCCGUAAGCUGAAUCACCUACAACUGGGAUAAUCACCUGUAAAACAGGUGAGUUUGCCAGCGCACACACGUUGGCAAAGCCCCGUUAGCCGCCGAGACAACAGAAAUGGCCCCACCCACCGUCUUGGUCACCGGCGGAGCCGGCUACAUUGGCUCCCACACCGUACUGGAGAUGCUCAACGCGGGCUACAACGUCAUCUGUGUGGAUAAUUUGUGCAAUGCGUUCAGCAGCGGUGCCAAGCUGCCAGAGGCGCUCAAUCGAGUGCAGGAGAUCACCGGCAAGAAGGUCAACUUUUAUCGCGUGGACAUCACGGACCGGGAACAAGUGCGCUCUGUCUUCCAGGAGCACAAAAUCGACAUGGUGGCCCACUUUGCCGCCUUGAAGGCCGUCGGCGAGUCCUGUCGCAUUCCCUUGCAGUACUAUCACAACAACAUGACCGGCACCAAUGUCCUGCUAGAGGCUAUGGCAGACAACAAUGUCUUCAAGUUUGUGUACAGCUCCAGUGCCACGGUGUACGGCGAGCCUAAAUUCCUGCCCGUGACGGAGGAGCAUCCCACAGGGAAUUGCACAUCGCCUUAUGGAAAGACCAAAUAUUUUACAGAGGAGAUUCUCAAGGAUCUGUGCAAGUCAGAUAAGCGCUGGGCUGUGGUCUCCCUGCGCUACUUCAACCCGGUGGGCGCCCACAUCAGCGGUCGUAUUGGCGAGGAUCCCAAUGGCGAGCCCAACAACCUGAUGCCCUACAUUGCCCAGGUGGCUGUGGGUCGUCGCGCCAGCCUGAGUGUCUAUGGCAGUGACUUUCCCACCAAAGAUGGAACCGGCGUGCGUGACUAUAUCCACAUUGUGGACCUGGCCGAGGGUCAUUUGAAGGCACUGGACAAGCUGCGCAACAUAGCCGAGACGGGCUUCUUUGCCUAUAAUCUGGGCACUGGCGUGGGCUAUUCUGUGCUGGACAUGGUGAAGGCUUUCGAGAAGGCCUCCGGCAAGAAGGUGACCUAUGCGUUAGUGGAUCGUCGUUCUGGAGAUGUGGCCACCUGCUUUGCGGACGCCAAGCUGGCCGAGGAGAAGCUGGGCUGGAAGGCUGUCCGAGGCAUUGACAAGAUGUGCGAGGAUACGUGGCGCUGGCAGAGCCAGAAUCCUAAUGGAUAUGCCAACAAGUAGCUUGCCUUCGUUCCUGCUCCCUGCUAGUUCCUCCCAGCCUUGUCUGUUGUGUGUAUAUUUCUUCUUUCCGAAUUCCAUUUAGUAAUCAAUAUAAUAUUUUCAAUGUGUGUUAGUGUGUGUAUGUAAAUCCAAAGUACUUUGUAAUUAAAAAAAGGCUUUCCGCUGUCGUCAUGUAA